UCGUUAAACACGUCCUCCCUCAACAACCACAAACAAUCAAUUCCUUCUCUCUCUCUCUCUCUCUCUCUCUCUCUCUCUAUAUAUAUAUAUAUAUAUAUAUAUGAUAAUUUUUUUUUCCUGGCUAGUUUUGCUUCAAAUAAUGCUUUCACACUUUUGUCUAAAAGCUAGCUAUAGCUUAUGCGGGAGCUUAAAAGAAAUUGAUAUAUAUCAGAAUCAAAGGGCAAAAGAAAUGGGACUGUUGUCAAGAAAAGCCACGUGCAAUUCUCAUGGGCAAGAUUCUUCUUACUUCCUAGGAUGGCAGGAAUACGAGAAAAACCCCUACGAUGAAGUCAAGAAUCCUAAAGGAAUUAUUCAGAUGGGUCUUGCAGAGAAUCAGCUCUCCUUUGAUCUUCUUGAGUUUUGGCUGGCCAAAAACCCAGAUGCAGCUGGUUUCAAGAGAGAUGGGCAAUCCAUAUUUAGAGAGCUUGCUCUUUUCCAAGAUUAUCAUGGCCUCCCUGCAUUAAAAAAGGCGUUGGUUGAUUUCAUGGCUGAAAUCAGAGGAAACAAAGUAACUUUUGAUCCAAAUCACAUAGUCCUCACCGCCGGUGCAACUUCUGCUAAUGAAACUCUCAUGUUUUGUCUCGCUGAACAAGGCGACGCUUUUCUUCUUCCCACGCCAUAUUACCCAGGAUUUGAUAGAGAUCUCAAGUGGCGAACAGGGGUUGAGAUUGUACCAAUUCAGUGUACCAGCUCUAACCGCUUCCAAAUCACUAAAUCGGUCCUUGAAGAAGCUUAUCAACAAGCACAAAAAAAGAACCUGAGGGUCAAAGGGGUCUUAGUCACCAACCCCUCUAAUCCAUUGGGCACAACAAUGACAAGAGCCGAAUUGGACCUACUCAUUAACUUCAUUACAGACAAAGAAAUUCAUUUAAUAAGCGAUGAAAUUUACUCCGGAACUGUUUUUAGCUCUCGAGCCUUCGUAAGCAUCAUGGAAGUUUUAAAAGAUAGAAACCUCGAGAGCACUGAUGUCUGGGACAGAGUUCAUAUUGUUUAUAGUCUUUCCAAGGAUCUGGGUCUCCCUGGUUUUCGAGUUGGUGCAAUUUACUCCAACGAUCCCAUUGUUGUGGCUGCCGCCACAAAAAUGUCCAGCUUUGGCCUAGUUUCUUCUCAAACUCAAUAUCUUCUCUCCGCCAUGCUAUCCGAUAAGGAAUUCACAAAAGGAUACAUUUCCAAAAACCACAAGAGGCUUCAAAACCGACAGAGCGAACUGGUUUCAGGCCUGAAAAAAGCCGGUAUCAGCUGCUUAGAAAGCAAUGCCGGAUUGUUCUGUUGGGUUGACAUGAGGCACCUUUUGAGCUCCAACACGUUCGAAGCAGAAAUGGAGCUUUGGAAGAGAAUAGUUUACGAUGUUAAACUAAACAUUUCUCCUGGCUCUUCAUGUCAUUGCACUGAACCAGGGUGGUUCCGAGUUUGCUUCGCUAACAUGCCCGAAGACACCCUAACACUCGCCAUGCAACGGUUGAAGUCUUUCGUUAGUUCUUUUACCAUUAACAACCAGAGCGACAAAGACUCGAAAAACGCAAGAAGAAGGUCCCGCAACAAAUGGGGGUGGUUCCGAGUUUGCUUCGCUAACAUGUCCGAAGACACCCUAAGACUCGCCAUGCAACGGUUGAAGUCUUUCGAUAGUUCCAUUACCAUUAACAACCAGAACGACAAAGACUUGAAAAACGCAAAAAGAAGGUCCCGCAACAAAUGGGUUUUUCCGGCUAUCGUUCCAAUCCUUGCAUGAUCUGGUCAAUUUUACGAGUGUGAACACUUGUUCAUUUUGAAAAUAUGAAUUUUUGUUGUUGUUAUUUGUUCAGUUGUAUACAGAGAGAGAAACAGCAUUCAAUCCUUGCGGGAUUUGAAGUAUGUUUAGUUUUACCUGUAAACUUUACGUUACCACCUGCCAUGAAAAUCUUCUUGGAUUAUUCGAAAUCAUUAUAGUAUAUAAUUUGCA